CUCCAAGUCUGCUGCGGACUUACCGGGGAAAUACAGCGGUUACAAAGUGCCAAAGCAAAGUGCAUGAAGGAACUUUGGGCCAAAGAUGGAGGCCUGGCCAACAGUGGCCUGGGUGCUGCUAAUGACCAACGUUGCUGAUUGGCUGACAGCGGUCCAGUCACGGGACUUCUCCAUGACGGACAUCAUCCUGCUGCAUCCCUCAACUACGCCCCAUCCUGGUGGCUUCAAGUGCUUCACAUGUGAAGAAGCCGCAGAUAACUACGAGUGUAACCGCUGGGCGCCAGAUGUUUACUGUCCAAAAGAUGCCAGAUACUGUAGCACGCUCCACAUGAUGGAUAACCAUGGCAACAGUGUGUCUGUGACCAAGCGCUGCGUGGCCCUGAAGGACUGUCUGUUCACCGGCUGCACUGGUGUCACCGAUAAUGGCCAUCAGAUGUGCUCGUCCUGCUGCGAGGGGAACAUCUGUAACGUGCUGGUGCCGAGGAAUGCCAGCAGCUCCAUCUUCUCCUCGACUUCUCCUCUGGCCAGCUCCAGCAGAGGGUUCCCUCCUGUGACGCUGAGCUACUUCACCAUCAUCAUCAUCAUCAUCAUCAUGGCCAUCUUUACAGCUGGACACGUUUGAGAGGGAAAACUCUGCAUCUCUGUGCGUGUCAGACCCAACUUAAGGACACUUUUUGUGUAAAUAUUUGCUAAAGGGGAAGAACAAGGACAAAUGCAUUUCCUAAUCUCGUGGUAUUUUCUUUUAGCGUGUUCAUUUUAUCUAGCUGAUAUUAGAACUGCAUAAGGAUGUUU